AUGGCCUUAAACUCAACAAAUCAAACUUAUGAUCUGUUUGAUGUUAAAAAAAACAAAUUAUUAUGGCAAGGAGAUCUUUCUCAAUUAAAGACAUUCGUUGCGAAUGAAGUGAAUCAAAGAGAUGCUGAAAAUGCGAUAUGGCGAUCGCCGAGUGGAGGCACAUGGUGCUUUAAAGGCGAAGGCGAUGAUCUGUUAGUAACGUGGCACAGCAAAAGCAAAACGAUCUCUUUUGACGGUAAAGCGGCUGAUGAAAUUAAAGAACGAAUUCACGAAGCUAUAAGCAAUAAAUAUACAGAUUUGACAAAUGUCGAAGUCGCAUAUGUAGAAGCCACCAAUGUUCAAGCCGCAAAGGUCGAAGCUACAAAUGUCGAAGCCACAAAUGUCGAGGCUACAAACGACGAAGCCACAGUUAUCGAAGCCAGAGAUAAUACUAACGCUAUCGAAUUGGUCAAUACCAGUGAUUCUACCUUACUGCCUAAUGAUUUAUGCGGUAAGUGGUCUGAUCUAGCCGACAAGGUCGAACUCCUCGAAGAUCGAAUGAAUAAUAACUUUAUGGAUAUCGCAAAAUCAAUAAACAGUUUGAAAGCAAAGGAAGGAUUAAAUACGGAGUUCUCCCGUGAAUAUGUUGAUAGUAUUGUGCGGGAAAAUGUAAAAUUCAGACAGGAUAAUGAAAAUUUAAGGAAGCGUUCUGAAAAUCUUUCGUAUAUUAUAUCAGAUCUAAACACUAAAGCUAAAAUAUUUGAAAAUGAGAAAGAAUCCCUGAUUACAGCUUUGGGAAUAUUACAAUCAGAUCUAAAUGAGAAAUAUAAAGGGGCUGAUUGGCAAACUGUCAAAGGUUCUGUUAUAAAAAACGGUAGCUGUAAACAGAUGUCCGCAUCUAGUAUAGAUGCUGAUAUCAAUCCGAAUGUCGAGAUAAGCAACAGAUUUGAAAGUCUAAUUUACGAAGGCGAUGAAGAAUAUGAUGAUCAAGAAAUUCCUAACACGACAAAAACAAAAGAGAAAUUAAGCCUUCAACAAAAGGGCUAUGGUAAGAAUCAAAUGAGCGACUCUGAUGACAAAGCUGCUCAAUCGAAAGCCAACAAGCAGAGGUCACGAAUAAGAAACAAAAGGUGAAGAAUAACGAACAAAAGGCAAAGGAAAACGAGCAAACAAGAGAAGCGCAUAAGGCAAGUGAGGAAAUAACAGCAGAAAGACAACGCACUAAAGAAACGGUCGUUAUAGCUGGAGAUUCGAUUAUAAAAUAUGUAAAAGGUUGGGAAGUAUCCAACACUGACAGUAACGUAAUAGUUAAGUCUUUCUCAGGUGCAACAAUUAAUGAUAUGUCUGAUUUCUUAAAGCCCACUGCACGAAAGCAACCCGAUAAGCUCAUUAUCCAUGCAGGCACAAACGACAUACGCUAUUCAAGUCCUAAAGAAAUUGCAAAGAAAAUUAUCGAGUUAGCAGAGAAUUUUAAAAAGGAUUGCAAUGAUACUGAAGUCAUCAUCUCUUCUUUAGUCACUAGAUGCGAUAGAGAGGAACUUACAACGAAGGUAAAUGAGACCAACAAUAUAUUAAAGUCAAGCUGCUUGAAAAAAAAGCUUGCAUUCUUAGACAAUAGUAAUAUUAGUCGCUCUCAUUUAAAUAGUAGAGGACUGCAUUUAAACCGAGAAGGUAGCUCUUUGCUUCAGGCAAACUUUUCAUAUUUCUUACGUUCGCAUAAUUGAAAUGAGGACGGGUCGAGGAGGAGUGCUAAUGAUGCCUGUUUAAAUAUUCCGAAAACAAGGGGUCUUAAGAUGGCUAUGCUUAAUGUAGUUAGCCUUCCGAAACACCUUGAUGAAAUCCGAUUAUUACUUCACGAUAAAUAUUUAGAUGUUUUAGCAGUUAAUGAAACCCGUUUGAACUCCACUAUUUCCGAUGGGAUUGUUAGCAUUGAAGGUUAUGACUUGCUACGUGCUGAUCGGAAUAGAAAUGGAGGAGGGGUAUGUAUUUAUAUAAGACGCCAUAUAAAUUAUGAAAAUCGCCCUGAUCUAGUUCCAACAGGCCUUGAAGCUGUCUGUGUGGAAAUUAAGCAGGCUAAUAGUCAAUCUUUUAUAGUUUCAAGUGUUUAUAGACCACCAUGUUCCGCUAGUGAAGUGUUUAUAAAAAUUAAGAGGCUAAUCAAAUCAAUUGAUGCUGAAAAUAUAGAAUUUUAUAUUUUGGGAGAUUUAAAUUGUAAUAUGCUAGAACCAACUUAGUCCACCACUAGAAAGCUUCAGGACGUUUUGGAAUUAUAUCAGCUUACACAAUUAAUUAAUAACCCUACGCGUAUUACCCAGUCUAGCCAAUCAUUAUUGGAUGUAGUAAUUGCGUCAAUGCCUGAAAAAAAAUUUUUUUCAGGUGUAGUCCAUCUCGGAAUUAGUGAUCACAGCCUCAUUUAUAGUAUUCGCAAAAUAAGUACAAGAAUAAAAACUGAUUUACAAGGUUCUGUCGAGUAUAGAAAUUUUAAGAAUUUCAAUGUUUCAGGCUUUCUAUAUGACUUGCAAAAUAUACCUUGGGAAGAAAUAAGAUUUAAAAGAAAUGUAGAUGAAAUAUGGCGGUUAUGGAAAACAUUUUUUGUAGAUGUGCUUGAUAAACAUGCCCCUGUGAGAGUAAAAAGAUUAAGAAAAGGGGGCAAUAUUCCUUGGGUAAGCCGGGAAGUAAAGGAAAAAUUAUUUAAAAGAGAUGCUCUUAAGCGUAAAAGCAAUAAAGACAAAAAAAGAAGAAGACUGGAGACUAUAUAAGUCAACUAGAAAUGUUGCCAACACUGCUUUGCGUAGUGCUAAAAGAGAUUAUUAUGCAAACAAAUUUACAAAUAAUAAACAGAAUCCUAAAUAUACUUGGAGAACAAUAAACGAUAUAUUAGGUCAAAACAGAAAACAGACUACGAUUAAUGAAAUUAAACUUCCAGGUAAAACUGUUACAUCGACCGACGAAUUAGUCGACAUUUUUAAUGAUCAUUUUAGUAAUAUUGGCCCAAAGCUUGCUGAGUCUAUUCCAAAUGACAAUGACGUUAGUUUUCGAGAUUUUAUUACUCAACAAAAAUCUAAGACAAAGAACAGUUUCUCAUUUCGAACAGUGAGUGUAACAAUGUGUAAGCUAUAAGAAAAUACCAGUUGACAGCUUGUAACAAAAAAUGCCAUCAGAGUGUACAUUUCAGAAUGUUGGCCGGUCGUCUAUUUGGUAUAUUGAAGGACUUUUGCAGUACCCUGUACAAUACAGCGGCAAAAUGUCAACACAAGUCACCCCACGAAAUAAUGAGUCAGUAAUUGACAUGGAACGCGUUAUAAACACGUACAAUCGCGCGAGAUGCGUAAGCAAGACGCCAUGCACGUCAGGAGAUAUAUGUCAGGCCUAUUCACUAAUAUUCGGCUCUGCUCAUAUAGCAUAACGUUUUGUUUUCGCGAUUCUAAUAUAUCCAGCGACCUUAAAGGAUAAUGACCUUGGGUUCCAGGGAUUAAAUUAUCCAUGGACGAUUAUCCUAAAUCCAAUAGCAGGAUAUUAG